GAGCAAUUUGAGCCGCCGCAUCGAGCUAACCGCUUACCGCUUACCACCGCUCGCCGGACAAACGCGUUCCGUUUUCCCUCCGCUUCCAUUCGCUUUUGGCCCACUGUCGUCGUCGGUUGUCCAAAUGUCCGCGCAGGGAUACUGAAACCUUUUCCAAUUUCCGGGGGGGUCAUUAUAGUAAAGUUAAAGUUAACACAUAAGUAGUCCUUUGGGCCAAAAACCGAUCCCAGCCAUCCAUUUACCGCGGGUCUUAAUUCGGGGAUCGUUUUAAUCGGUGUCGCGUUGUCGUUUUUAUUCGGUUUUUUGCGCGAUUUUCCCCACAUACCGUGUGCUGUGUGCUGUGCGAAGUGUUCUUGGAAUUAAUAAAUAGUUAAAACCGAAACGUUGGCAAAAAUCCACUGAAUGAGCAAGUUAAUUAUAUAAGGCCCGAACCGGAUUUAUUUAUUAAUUAUACAUACGAAUGUGACCAAAACAAAAACAGACUGACAACAAAACUCGGCUUUGGGAUAUACCAAAAAAGCAACUCAAAUCCACAAAACCGAUCCCCAAACUGAUAUAUAAAUGAUCGCGCCCAUCAAUUUAAUUUAAUCAAUAGCAGUUACUCAAAUUCAAUGAACAAAUAAAUUUGCGCUGUCCAACGAGCCAAUAAACGGGAUCAAUAAACCGAAAUACAAUACACCAUUUUCCACUGCGAUCUGGCAACGCUGUUCGUUGGCAGCUUGUAACGGUUAUUCACGACAAUUUACUCACGCCCCGAACGAGUGCAGCGAAUCCAGCGAGUGCGAGCGAGAGGGCUAGCGAGCAGGCAUGGGAAACUCGUCGUCACACACGCACGAACCACUCGAGCGCGGCUUCACACGCGGAAAAUUCGGUGAUGUUAAGAAUGGGAAAUCCGCUUCCUUCCGGUUUAGCAAGAAAUCGCCGAAGAAAAUGGAUCGUCUGCGUCGCUCCUUUCGCGACUCCUUCAGGCGGCGCAAGGAUCGCGUUCCCGAAUCCUCGAAGCCGCAUCAGUGGCAGGCGGACGAGGAGGCCGUGCGAUCGGCCACCUGCUCCUUCUCCGUCAAGUAUCUGGGAUGUGUGGAGGUCUUCGAGUCGCGCGGCAUGCAGGUCUGCGAGGAGGCACUCAAGGUCUUGAGGCAAUCCCGUCGUCGUCCUGUCCGCGGACUACUUCAUGUCAGCGGAGAUGGCCUGCGCGUGGUGGAUGACGAGACCAAGGGCCUGAUUGUGGACCAGACCAUCGAAAAGGUCAGCUUCUGUGCACCGGAUCGCAAUCACGAGCGCGGCUUCAGCUACAUAUGCCGGGAUGGCACCACACGACGCUGGAUGUGUCACGGCUUCCUGGCCUGCAAGGACUCCGGCGAGCGAUUGUCCCACGCUGUGGGCUGUGCUUUUGCCGUUUGUCUGGAGCGAAAGCAGCGACGCGACAAGGAGUGCGGCGUGACGAUGACCUUCGACACGAAGAACUCGACCUUUACGCGAACCGGAUCCUUCCGCCAGCAGACGCUGACGGAGCGUCUGGCGAUGGCCACGGUGGGCACAAAUGAGCGGAGCGUAGAUGGGCCGGGAUCAGCAAUGCCGGGUCCACCGGCGGCCACCGUCAAGCCUUUCAAUCCCUUCGCCAUCGAACGGCCCCAUGCCACGCCCAACAUGCUGGAGCGCCAGAGUUCGUUCCGUUUGAGCACGAUUGGCAGCCAGUCGCCUUUCAAGCGCCAGAUGUCACUGCGCAUCAACGAUCUUCCGUCCAACGCCGAUCGUCAGAGGGCCUUCCUGGCCGCCGCCGCUGGCAAUCCACUGCAGACGCCUCUGCGAAGUGUUUCGCCCAUUGCCGAGGUCUCGCCGGCCAAGUCUGCUGGAGCGGAUCCGUCGACAGCUGCCGCUGUGGCCGCCGAUUCAGUGAGUCAACUGUGUCAGGAGCUCAGCCAGGGUCUCUCCCUCUUGACCCAGACCGACGCCCUGUUGGCCGCCGGCGAGGAUCUAAACUUCAACAACAAUCGCAGCAUUAAUCAGAACAUCAUUGCCGCCGAGAAGCAGGUGCACCAUGUAACCUCAUAUGCCCCGCCAACGGCACAGGUGACGCCACGAGUGGCCAGCACCACGCCCACAUAUCAAACACUCCAUUCGCAGUCGCCCACGCGACCAGAGCAGAGCAUCGAAACCUCUACGGAACUGCCCAAUGCCGAGCAGUGGCUGGGCCAUGUGGUGCGCAGUACGUCUCCGGCUGCACCGAAGCGACCCACUUAUCUGGCCAAUGUUGGCCGAGCUCAGACACUGGCCAGUGGCACUGGUGCAGCAGUUGGAGGCGGUGGCCCAGACGAUCCAUUCGACGCCGAGUGGGUGGCCAAUGUGGCAGCGGCUAAGCAACUGUCGCCGGAUUUGCCGAUCCCGAGCACUGCGCGCUCACCUCUGGCCAGGCACAGCACCAAUCCGUUCAUCUCACCGCCCAAGGCGCCGGCGCAGUCAUUCCAGGUGCAGCUCUAGGCAGCGAAUCCCGGGGUCAUCAGGGGGACAAAGUGUGGUUCGCUUGAAAAAAACGUAACUUAGUUUAAAGUUCAGGGGCAGGAUCGGGCCAAACAGAAAGUCGAACAUAGAUGGAUAGAUGGAUGGCUGGAUCGGAUGGAGGUUAUCAGAGAUACUUAACGCAAACAUAACUAAUGUUGAAUUAUGCAUAUAGAAAACAUAAAAUACAGCUACUCACACGCAAAACGCAUGAAGCACAGUAAAUAAAUCCAUCAAUGGCGCUUAGCACUAGGCCAAAACUUAAAUUGCUUCGAGUAAACUAUAUCAUUGUAUCGUAAGAGAUCUUAUACCGAAUAUCAGUCUUAUUAGCGGUCCUGAGUAUGAAAAUAGGGGUUAAUGUUGUAUGACAUGUAAUUUGUAAAAGCCUUGAGUAAUACUGCGAUCAUUCUUCCCAUACCAAGAGACCGUUUUUAUUGACCAGACUGAUACAGGUGUAGAUCCCUUAGUCACUCAACAAUUGACCAAGCUACCAAGUUACCCACGAAAGUCCACCAUAAAGCGAACAACAAAACAAAAUCGAAAACAAAUGGCACCCUUUAAGCUUAAAUGCAAACUAUGUAUUAUACUUUGGUAAUGCCCUUCCACUACUUGUUGAUUGAUCCCACUAAGAAUAAUGAUUAAAUACAGAUUUAUGUAUGUUGAUAUGUAGGAUGCUCUAUGUUAUAGAGAAAAUUAUUAUUUUAUCAGUGUCAGUCGUGCGGUACACCGUUUUUAUAUCAAAUCUUUUAUUAUUUAAUUUAAUUUUUAAAUCUGUACAAAAUGUAUUAUACUUAAAUUAUAAAUAUAAUUUAAAAAUAAACAAAAACGGAAAAGUAAAAAACUUCAAGUUAUUUAAACUUAAAAAUCAAGCAGCUAAACGCAAUGCAACUAAGACGAUAUAGAAAUAUUGAAAUAAAUAAAGUUAUUUAGAAACAUAUUACAUAUAUAAUAUUAUAAAAGAUAGAGCCAAAUUCGGCAGAGAAGAGAAAUACAUUCGAUUUGUGUGCUUCUGAAA